AGGAGGUGGAGGCGCCUGGCUGCUGAGGAGGCCGCGGGCGGAGCGGAUCCGGUGAGAGCUCUGUUGCUUCUGCUAAAGCUGUGUUGAGAAACAUCAUUGAUGGGAGACCUAUGCAAGGUUUGCUUCCUGAUUUCAUAAUUGACAAAGCUGAGACAGUGAAAACUGACUAUUGAAGGCUGCAAGGUGUGAACCUGCACAAGCAGGUGCCACUGGCAGGUGCUUGCCAAGAUGUCUAAAACUAACAAGUCAAAGUCUGGGUCCCGUUCGUCCCGGUCCAGGUCUGGCUCGAGGUCUCGGUCCCGCUCCUUCUCCAAGUCCCGCUCCCGGUCCCGCUCUGUCUCACGCUCCAGAAAACGCAGGCUCAGUUCUAGGUCUCGUUCAAGAUCAUACUCUCCAUCUCAUAACAGAGAAAGGAACCACCCCAGGGUCUAUCAGAACCGGGAUUUCCGAGGCCAUAACCGGGGGUACAGGAGACCUUACUACUUCCGUGGCCGCAACCGUGGGUUCUACCCCUGGGGCCAGUACAACCGAGGGGGCUACGGGAAUUACCGCUCCAACUGGCAAAACUACCGCCAGGCCUACAGCCCUCGCAGAGGGAGGUCUCGCUCCCGGUCGCCCAAGAGGAGGUCUCCUUCGCCCCGGUCUAGAAGUCAUUCUAGAAAUUCUGAUAAGUCAUCUUCUGAUCGGUCAAGGAGGUCUUCCUCUUCCCGGUCUUCCUCGAAUCAUAGCAGAGUUGAGUCUUCCAAGCGUAAGUCUGGAAAGGAGAAGAAGUCCUCUUCCAAGGACACCCGAGGCUCUCAGGCCGCCGGGGAGAACCAAGGGGAUGAGUCUAAGGAGCAGCCGUUCUCAGGAGCGGCGGCGCAAGAUGCGAAGGCGUCUGAGGGAUCAAAACCGUGGCAGGAGGUGGCCACCUAUGGUACGAGUUCAGCCUCCAGAGCUUCUGUGUCUGAGCUCAGCCCGAGGGAGCGCAGUCCGGCCUUGAAAAGCCCUCUCCAGUCCGUCGUGGUCAGGCGUCGCUCUCCUCGGCCGAGUCCGCUGCAGAAGUCGAGCCCUCCGCUGUCCAACCCCUCCCAGAUGAGCUCUGCUCUGCAAAGCAGCAGCUCCUCCUUCCAGGCUCAGAGUCCCUUUGACCACGGCUCGGCAGGUUUGAGCCCGACAAGGAAGAGCCCUGUGUGCAAAAGUCCAACACCCAUCAGUUCCAUAUAUGGAGCAUCCCAGAAGGAGGAAAGCACAGCUCCUGGAGGAGGAGCCUUCUCCAAGAGGUAUCUGGAGGAGCAGAAGGCUGAGAAUGGGAAAGACAAAGAGCAGAAAGUAACAAAUGUUGAGAAAGAAAAAAGUAAAGAAAAAGGGAAUUUCUCUGAGUUGGGAUCAACAGAUGGAAAGGCAAAAUCCGACUCCUAUGCGUCCAAAGCCGACUCGGACAAGGGAUACCGCGGCAGCCAGUCGCCCAAGCGCUACAAGUUCAGGGAUGACUUUGACAAGCUCAAGGUCCCAGAAUUCCACAAGGAAAGCCAUUAUGGCAAAGAGGAGACGGAGGAGCAGGAAAAGAAAGACAAAGCAAAGGGCCGAAAAGAUUCCGAGUUCGAUGACGAGCCCAAAUUUAUGUCUAAAGUUGUGGCAACUUCAAGUAAAGGCCAAGAGGAGGAUAGGUCAGGAAAGUGGGAAGGUGUGGUCUUCUUGCCACCUGGGAAAGAGAAGCAAAGGAAAUCUGAUGAAAUGGAGGAGGAAAGUUAUUCUGAAAGAUCCAAAAAGGAAGAGAGGCCAACAUCCAAGAGAGCCGAACCAGGUCACAGGGGCUUUGUUCCUGAAAAGAAUUUCAGAGUGACCACUUACAAAUCGAGCCAGGAAAAAAGUUCUUCCCCUCCGCCAAGGAAGACUUCUGAGGUUAAGGAGAAACCAGGCACCAAAGUAGAGGGGCUAACUCCUGGCAAAUCUUCCUUCUCCAUUACUCGAGAGGCCCAGGUCAAUAUUCGAAUGGAUUCCUUUGAUGAAGACCUUGCUCGUCCCAGUGGCAUUUUGGCUCAGGAACGGAAGCUGUGCCGGGACCUGGUGCACAGCAACAAAAAGGAGCAAGAAUUCCGCUCCAUUUUCCACCACAUUCAGUCUGCUCAGUCCCAGCGGAGCCCUUCUGAACUGUUUGCUCAACAUAUAGUGACUAUAGUCCACCAUGUAAGAGAGCACCACUUUGGGUCUUCAGGAAUGACACUGAAUGAACGCUUUACCAAAUAUCUAAAGAAAGGAAUGGAACAGGAUGCAGCUAAAAACAAAAAGAGCCCUGAAAUCCACAGGAGGAUAGAUAUAUCUCCCAGUACUUUUAGAAAACAUGGAUUCUCUCAAGAGGAAUCGAAAAGCCCCAGAGACCCUGGCUUCAAGGCUGAGGGGAAAUAUAAAGACGACCCUGUUGACCUGCGCCUUGAUAUUGAACGCCGUAAAAAACAUAAGGAAAGAGAUCUUAAACGGGAUAAGUCCAGGGAGUCGGUGGACUCGAGGGAUUCAAGUCACUCAAGGGAAAGAUCAGCUGAGAAAACGGAGAAAAGUCACAAAGGCUCAAAGAAAAAGAAACACCGACGGGUGCGGGAGAGAUCCAGAUCCAGUUCCUCGUCAUCACGUUCCUCUCACUCGGUCAAAGCAGAGGAGUAUCCUGAAGAGACUGAGGAGAGGGAGGAAAGCACCACAGGCUUUGACAAGUCCAGGCUUGGGACAAAAGAAUUCACUGGUCCAAAUGAGAGGGGAAGAGCUAGAGGGACCUUUCAAUUCAGAGCCAGAGGGAGAGGAUGGGGCAGAGGCAACUUUUCAGGCAACAAUAACAGCAACAGUGGUGGCAACAACGACUUCCAGAAGCGCAACCGAGAUGAGGAGUGGGAUCCAGAGUACACACCCAAGAGCAAGAAGUACUACUUGCACGACGACCGGGAGGGCGAAGGCGCGGACAAGUGGGUGAGCAGAGGCCGCGGCCGGGGAGCCUUCCCCCGGGGCAGAGGUCGCUUCAUGUUCCGCAAGUCCAGCACCAGCCCCAAGUGGGCUCACGACAAAUUCAGCGGAGAGGAAGGAGAGAUCGAAGAUGACGAAAGCGGCACAGAAAACAGGGAGGAGAAGGACACCUUGCAGACGACGGCCGAGUAGCCGCGGUGCCAGCGCGUUUGCAGGGCGCCCUGGCAGGAGGGAAGGGGUUCAGCAGCCGCCUGCCGCUGCCGC